CUCUGAUACGGUCCUUGUUACUGAUAGGACAGGUUCGGCUGGUCGUAUGACAACGUUAUCUUUUCUUCAAAGCGGCCUUACUGAAGCUUGUCUGAUUUGACCUCAUUCUGGAUGUCGGUCGGUCUGGGAUAUUCUUCCAUAAUAUGAAGGCUGCAUUAUUAUGGGCUUGCUAUUUGACCAAGCAGGACAGCCCCUGACAACAACGACAAAUGUAGCUAACGUUUAUUCAAGUUAUCUGUUUAAAAUGUGGUCAUUUCUGAACUGUGCUUAAGCCGCCGUCCCGCAUCAUUGCCUCCUUAAUCUUCAUAUUUUCUUUGCUUUGAACAAAUGAUGAUGACUCGUUUUAUUCUAGAAAGUACGUUUUUUUGUCAAGAACAACAGUGCCCUCUUGUGGUGGGUUUUUGUUGCUACAGGAGACGUUUUACACCCGGAAGUAAACCUUGAGGUCGUCAUGGGGAGCAAAGUCAGCUCCAAAAUGGCAGCUCCCACCGCUAGAUUAAUUCAGGCUGUUCGGCCGCAUGCUCCUUUGAUCAAGUUCCCAAACAGACAGGAUAUACCAAGGCCCAAUGUCCAAGAGGCAUUGAAACUUCUAGGUCUUAACUUUACACAACACAACGCCCCUAGUUCAGCCUCAACGCCGUCCAGACCUCAAGUACCUUUGACUCCGACUACCCUGGGAACGCCGGACUCACUGGCCUCUGUUCAGCAGCUGCCCGCCAGGUACCGCAGGAGACCGUUAACUCUGGAUGAAAUGGACUACAUCCAGCGUGGUGGACCGGAGUGAUCUGAAACAAUUCAUUCUCUGCAGCCAAAGGAAGACGAGUCUUUUUUUCUCCUCAUCAGCACAACGCCAAUGCUGUGAGAUUCAUAGGAUAUAUUACAUAAAUCCUGUUGCAAUGUACAUAUUGUUUGUUAAAUAAUUACAAUGUAUUUUAAGUUCACACUAAAGGAUAGUUUCAUUGCAAUACACAAAAAAAGCCUUUUUUUUUCUUCACUAAAAUUGAACCAUAAGUUUUAUUUUUAAAGGAUCAUUUAAAUUUGAUGGAGCUAAACAUGAACCGCAACUAUCCUCAAAUGCAAAACAAAAUAAAAUGACAUCUGGUUUUAUUUUAAAGCAGGGAAAAUAAAACAAAUAAAGUGGUUAUUAAAAUUCUUGAAACUGUUUUGUUGUGAACCACUGGAUUAAACUAAUUAUGAUUUG